CCUAUAAAUACAUGUUACUUGGCCUAUAGUUUGUGCACAAGCUCUUCACUAAUUUUGACAUGUCUAACAUGGUUGCAAAAGAUAAGUACAGAUCUAUUUUGCAUGAUGAAGCUGAGAACAUCCAUUGGAGACAUGGUGGCCCUCCCACAUAUGGUCUUGUCAACCAGCUCUUUGAAGAAGGAAGGACCAAAGUAUGGCCAGAAGGAUCAUUGGAGGAGACAGUUCAAAAUGCUAUUAAGUCAUGGGAGAUGGAACUCUCACACAAGAUCCGGUUGCAAGAUUUCAAGACUAUUGUCCCUGAAAAGUUUAAGCUCUUUGUUAAUGGCAGGGAUGGAUUAACUGCAGAGGAAACUCUAAGCUUAGGAAGUUACAACGCAUUGUUGAAAAGUUCUCUACCAGAAAAUUUCAAGCCAUACAAGUCAAAUGAAGAGACUUUUGAAUCAUCUCAUGAAGUCUUCAAAUCAGCUUUUCCAAGAGGAUUUGCAUGGGAAGUGAUUAAAGUUUAUACAGGACCACCUGAAAUUGCUUUCAAGUUUAGGCAUUGGGGAUUUUUUGAGGGUCCUUUUAAGGGACAUUCCCCUACCGGAAAGAUGGUCCAAUUCUUUGGUCUAGGAACUCUCAAGGUGGAUGAUGCUUUGAAGGUUGAAGAGGUAGAGAUUUACUAUGACCCAGCAGAGUUGCUUGGAGGCCUUCUAACAAGUGGAGAUGGCACCCAAAUUUCAGCUUGUCCUUUUUCCAAUUAAUGAGUUAUAUAUUUACUAUAAAGUUACAACUGAAUAAUAACCUUUGAUCUAGCUGUAUUUCUAGAAUAAAUCAAUGGGGUAAAGGGAUUAAAAACUAUUUCCAUUUUGUGAUAAAGAAACGUGGCCUAGUAAUUACACCAUAUAAAAAUGGAUUAAGGACAAAUUGAAUUUCUUUUUUUGAUAAUAAGAUGAAUUACUUUCUUUCUUU